ACUCCCUCUCACACCAUUAGAACACCGGGUGUUGGAUCAAAAUACACACGAGGGUUUCAUGGUGACGAUGGCUCCAGUUUUACUGUCACAUGGGUUGGAGACGGGACAGGGGUAAUCUUGGUGUUGUCUACAAUCAGUGCUCCUCUAGAUUCCUUCUUCGAGGGCGGUUCUUCACGAUUGUACCGCAGUGCAGACUAUGGCAAGUCUUUCCAUGAUAUUUCUCAUCUCAUCAAUAACACCUUCAUAAGGAAGGAAUUUGGACUUCUGGCUGGACCAGGGAACUCUCAACAGGUGAUUCUGACUGCAGACACACCGGUUUUGGACAACCCCGGUGGCGUCAUCUUUACCUCAACUGACGCCGGAGUGUCGUUUAAGUCUGUCCAGCUGCCUUUUCACCCGGCCCAGCCAAUCACCUUCCACUUCUUGAAUCCCGAGUACUUAGUGGUCAUCAGCAUAGAUGGCAGCCUGUGGCUUUCUCUGGACUUUGGGACUGUGUGGAAAAAGGUUCACGAAGGAACACAAUCUUUCACGUGGGGCUCCGGCAUCACUCUCUUCUUCAGCUUCAGUCCCAAAGGAACAGUGGAGUCAGACAGAAGAGGAGAGCUGUUCCUAAAGAGGACAGAAGACCUGGGGAAGACGUUCACCACCGUGGCACACAGCAUCUUCUCCUUCGGCUAUGUAGGAGGCUUCCUCUUCACCUCAGUCAUAGAGACACUGGGAGCCCCACGUGUCAUCUAUGUGUCCUCAGACCAAGGGGACCAAUUCAACAAGGCCCAGCUCCCCUCCGCCUCCACUGAGCAGUUCUACUCGGUUCUGGAUGGGGAUGAGGACAUGAUUUUCAUGCAUGUGGACAAUCCAGGAGAGGAAAGCUACUUUGGGACGGUGUACACAUCAGAUGACCGGGGCAUCCUGUACUCUAAGUCUCUAGAGCGUCACCUGUUUGGUGGGGAAGGGAAGAGCGACUUCACCAACGUCACCUCCAUGAGAGGAGUGUACCUCACCAACAUACUGGAGGAGGACGGCCGCAUUCGGACAGUCAUUUCAUUUAAUCGAGGGGGAGAGUGGACACUCCUCAACAAGCCCCAGAAUGUUGAGUGUGGUGAGGAUUCAAGAAAUGAUUGUAACUUGCACAUCCACGGUGAGCACAGUCGCUACAACGGCAUCACUCCAAUGCUGCCUCUCUCUGACCCCACUGCCGUUGGCCUUGUCAUCGCCCACGGCAGUGUGGGGGACUCCAUCUCGUCAACACGGCCUGACGUGUACGUGUCGGAGGACGGGGGGUACAAGUGGAGGGGAUCCUUGAGGGGCCCUCAUCACUACAGCAUCCUGGACGCUGGGGGGCUCGUCGUGGCUGUGGAGGCCCACCCCAUGGACGGCCAAAUCAACACCAUCAAGUUCUCCACAGAUGAGGGCCAGUGUUGGAAGGUGUACAACUUUACAGAGCAGCCCAUCUUCUUCGCUGGCCUGACAUCCGAGCCGGGCACCAAGACCAUGAACAUCAGCGUGUGGGGCUACCGGCCUGAGGACGACCACCAGCCCAUGUGGGUGGUGGUCACCAUUGACUUCCAGAGUCUCCUCACUAGAGAGUGUGGUAACCAGGACUAUGUUCAGUGGUUGGCCCAUGCCACAGAGGGCGGGGACUUGGCCACAGAGGGGUGUGUCUUGGGCUACAAGGAGACCUUCAGGAGGCUGAGGAAGCUGUCUGUCUGCAGGAAUGGACGGGACUACGUGGUGAGCAGGCAGAAAAGCCCCUGCCCCUGCACCAGAGAGGACUACCUAUGUGACUAUGGUUACUAUCGUCAUGAGAACAGCUCAGAGUGUAUGAGACAACUGGACACUGCAGACCACGCCCUGGAGGUGUGUCUAAAUGGAGAGGAGGAGGAGCUUAGGACAUCCGGGUACCGUAAGGUUCCCGGUGAUAAGUGUGAGGGAGGUUUCACUCCCCUGCACAUAAAGGAGACAGUCAACAGGCAUUGUGGGAACUCCAGUCAUCCCCCCACUGCCAGCCCAUAUUCUGAAACCCCGAGAGAGAAGAUGCUGUUGAUCGUAGUUUGUGUUGGAUCGGGGAUUGUCAUUCUGGUGGCUGUUGCCACUGCUGUCUAUACUGUAAGGAGAAUGGGCUAUGGAAAUAGGGCGCCAACGUAUCGCUUCUCUGUCCUGCAGCUUCAGGACGACGACUGCUCCAUUGCCGCCGACCCAGAGAGUGUCGCCAGUAGCAACGGAACAUCAGUCUUCCCAGUGGAUUCAGAUGAUGAUCUUAUUGAAUGAACAACAUGAGAUGAAAUAUCUUGACGAUGAUCUCCAGAGCUUGGCCAUUUGGAUGCACGACAUUCCACUUGUUGUAUUACGUACCUGCUGCAUCUCAAUGGAAAGAUGUCUAGGGUUUGUAAGGAACAAAUUGCAGAUAUCAUGUAGAUGGUAUGCAGAUGUCCCAAGCUAUUUAUUGAGCGAAGAACACUUCCCACUGGACACUGGUUGAACCAACGUAGAAUAGACGUUGAAUUGAGUUUAUUUCAAGUUUCACUGCUCUGUUUUUAAGUAUUUCAUGAAUUAACAGUUUGUCUCUGUCUGAUGACAUUAUCUAUGUGUGGAACACUUUCUUCAACUUGCACAAUUUUGUAUGGUGCUUGCAACGCAAUUGAUAGUGGGUUGGAUUCUCGAUUUGGAUAAAAGCGUCUGCUAAAUGGCCUAUAUUUAUUAUUAUUAUUAUUAUUACCACUGUUCACUAGUCUGUAUUUUGAUGAGGCCCUGAAUAAUGUGCAUUCCUAAUAAAUCAAUACAGUAAUGUUAGAAUAGCGAUGUAAUGGAAAUAAAGUGCCUGAUUACCUCAA